AUGAUUCAUAGAUAUAAUAAAUACUCUUUUGAUUUCGAUCUUUAAUUUCAUAUAUGCAAAGUUACCUGGAUUCGCAAACGAGGAGGAUAACCAACUGACUUAACUUACUAAACAAGACAUACAUCAUUUUAGUAAUAUAGAAAUUCAACCUAAACUGAUUCAUCUGAUUACAGGCCAGGAAUAGAAUAAAGCAUUAUAUUGAGUAUUGCAAGCAGAUUCUUUUAUAAAGAGUAAAUUAACAUAAUAUUAAUAUUAGUAGUUAUAUUGUCAAACAAAUCACUAAUGUAAAGAUGAGAUUUAAUAAUAAAUAAAUGUAAUUAACUUUAUAUUAUUCAUCAGCCUCAUAAAGAGAUGUAAUGACUGA